AUUAAGUAACUUUAUUACAGGUUAAUGAGAUGUCAUGUAAAAAUGAUAAAAAAGUUGAACUGAGUCAUCAUAGGUCUAUAGGCUAUAUCUUUAAUAACGCCUCAGUGUUCAUAGUCGUCCACGUUCACCCUACCCUAUGGAUUUGGACAGCAUUUUACAGGAGAGCGUUAAAGAGUGAGCCCAUGGAGGGAGUUUCAAGCCGAAAUUGACUUUGGGUGAAAUGCGAUUCAUUCUGUGAAAAUUGUACGAAAUGUCAGUGAGGAAAAGUACUUUUGUGCCAAACAUACUUGUAGAAAGAUGUACAGCAUGUGAAAAACCCGUUUAUGCCAUGGAAAAGGCAGAUAUGAACGAUAAACCGUUCCACAAAUCGUGCCUCCGUUGUUCACAAUGCAAGUGUCAGUUGACACCGAAAAAUUUCGCAGCGAAUUCCGGGAAAAUGUUUUGUACUAGUCAUUUCAAACAGCUCUUUAAGAUGAAUGGAAAUUAUGAUGAAGGGUUUGGUAGGCAGCAGCAUAAAACUGAAUGGAAUGGGAAGUAACACCAUUGCAAUGGUUCCAUAAAAGUAUUAUGAUUGGUAACAAUAGUAAUAGCUAGCUUAUGAUCUUAACAAUUGGUACCAGUACUGUACCUAUAAACUCAGCAUAACACCAUAUUUCUUCAUCAACAUAAAUGGAUAGUAUUUCACAAACAUAAACCUCUGCUGCAUAUUUAUGGGGGCCUUAAACUAAAUAGGCUAUCAAAAGCAAUAAUCGCCCUUGGCUCCCUCUUCGCUCAUUCCUACUGGCCUAAUGUACUUAUCUCCAAAGGUCACAUAAAAACAUAGUAGUAUUAAUUUUUUUUCUGUCUCAUUUUGUUGGAAUUCAAAGAUAUGUCCCAUUUAAUGAUCAAAUUCAGAUAUCUAAAAGCUGUACCAUUUGUGCAUAUCUGGUUAAUCAAUGAUAAGGACUCAGAUUUAUUUCCAAAUUAAACGGGUUCGAGCACCAGUUCUUAUGUUAGCUUAGAUUGGCAAGUGUACGCUUUCUUAACUUAAGUCAUUAACAAAGAAUCUCAUAUUGAAUGAAAUCAAAUUGAAUUUGAUGAAAUGAUUUUGAAUCUCAGAAUUUAAUGC